CCCCAAAGGAUAGAGAUACAUACAUUGCUACUCUGGAUAUCCAUCUGCUUUUUAUCCCCGUACACCACCCACCCAUAUUUCGAUGGAUUGUUCAUGUAUUAUAUGAAUACACCACCUAGCUGGUUUCUGCCCCCAUGCUCUCUCUCCAGGCACGAACGCGAUUACUGCGCCCGCUGACCCACGGUAGUUCCAAAGCAUGUUUACAACAUCGCAGAUUUCCGGCGCGACCACUGGGCACUACAACGUCUAUAUCUCAACGAUGCUUCCACACUCCGCGCCGGCCCUCCCUCCCUCCACUGUCAACGAAGGUUCAACUUAACUUCUGCCCUCAACCGCAAAGGUCAAUUCGCCUGGGCCGCACCCAACCUCCCUUGAAACAGAGAAGCACGACAGUGAGGAUUAUAUACAAUCUGUUCGCAUAUUGUGGCAUUUUUGUCGUUAUUGGGGGCGUUCUUCUUGUUGGGUUUUUCGUCUACGACGCUACUACCUACCGUCAUGAUUUGACCUUCCAGGAUGUGCCCGUAUCGGAAUUGGCGUUGAUUCCUCGUCGGGGUGGACCGAAGAACCUCCCAAUCGCCGACGUACUGAUUGAUGACCAUGAUUCAGAAUCCAUGAGGGAACAAUGGGAUAAGCCGAAACUAGUCAUACUAGGAACGGGUUGGGGAAGUGUGUCAUUGCUAAAGACUCUACGACCGGGUGAUUAUCAUGUCACGGUGGUGUCACCUGAAAGUUAUUUUCUUUUCACUCCUAUGCUGCCAUCUGCGACUGUUGGGACACUUGGCCUGAGGUCUUUGGUCGAACCGGUCAGAACCAUUGUGCAACGAGUUCGAGGCCAUUUUCUCCGCGCACAGGCAGUGGAUGUUGAUUUCUCAGAAAAACUUGUGGAAGUAUCGCAGCUAGACAGCAAUGGGCAGGAACGGCGUUUUUAUUUGCCUUAUGAUAAAUUGGUAAUUGGUGUUGGCUCGACGACAAAUCCACAUGGAGUAAAGGGCCUUGAACACUGCAAUUUCCUGAAAUCCAUUGAUGAUGCGAGGAAGAUCAAAAACAAGGUCCUAGACAAUUUAGAACUUGCCUGUCUCCCUACAACGAGUGAUGAGGAGCGGAGAAGGCUGCUCUCAUUCGUGAUCUGUGGCGGAGGGCCGACAGGAGUGGAAUUUGCCGCCGAGAUUUUUGAUAUGCUCAAUGAAGAUUUACUCCGUUCCUUUCCCCGGAUACUGAGGAACGAAAUCUCCGUGCAUCUUAUUCAAAGCCGUUCUCAUAUUCUCAAUACGUAUGAUCAAACUCUAUCUGAGUAUGCAGAGCGACGGUUUGCAAACGAUCAAGUCGAUGUCCUUACAAACUCUCGGGUCAAGGAAGUGAAAAAAGACAAGAUCCUCUUCACACAGAUGGAAGAUGGAAAGCCGAUCCUAAAAGAGAUUCCCAUGGGUUUCUGUUUGUGGUCAACAGGAGUUUCCCAAAACGCAUUCUGCAAACGACUCGCCCAGAAACUCGGUGCGCAGACUAACAAACUUACUCUUCUAACGGAUUCUCAUCUUCGUGUGAACGGAACUCCAAUGGGCGACGUAUAUGCCAUCGGAGACUGCUCUAGCGUCCAAAACAACGUGGCAGACCAUAUCGUAACCUUCCUUCGCACCAUUGCCUGGGAAAAGGGCAAAGAUCCAGAAAGGGUUCACCUCACCUUUGCAGAAUGGCGGAACGUAGCCCAGCGUGUGAAGAGGCGGUUCCCACAGGCAUCCGGCCAUUUACGCCGCCUGGAUAGGCUCUUCGAACAAUACGACACAGACCGCAGCGGUACCCUCGAUUUCGACGAGCUGCGAGAACUGCUCCUCCAAAUCGACUCCAAGCUGACAUCGUUACCUGCAACGGCGCAAAGAGCGAAUCAGCAGGGAAAGUAUCUGGGACUCAAGUUCAAUAAGAUUUCGCAGGCCAUGCCUGGCAUGAAGGCGAAUGAGGUAGACUAUGGCGACUUGGACGAAGCGGUCUACAAAGCGUUCCGGUACAAACAUCUUGGUAGUCUGGCAUAUAUUGGCAAUGCCGCUAUUUUCGACUUCAAUGGUAUGAGCUGGGGAGGUGGGUUGCUGGCGGUGUAUCUUUGGCGAAGUAUAUAUUUUGCGCAGAGCGUCAGUUUGCGAACUAGAAUUUUGCUGGCGAUGGAUUGGACGAAGAGAGCCAUGUUUGGAAGAGAUAUGACGAGCUUCUAACAAAAGCAUGAUAUAUACCCCGUUAGAGCGAAUAUUUUUCGUAUCUUUCCUCCAAGCGAAGAUAAAAAGACCCGGCCGUUAGAGGUCCAUUUCCAUAGACGCAAAACGAUACCCUGCCCAUUUACAUACCAAAUUAUUCACCAUCUCUUUCAGCUAGAUGGUUUCCAAGUUGGAGGCCGGGCAGAGGGCAACCCAUUUGCCGCAUCUUUACACAAAACAACUAUUUUCCUCUAAAUUUCAACGGCGGUCGACAGGACUCCGAUCACCGACGAAAUACUUCUUUUUGGGAAACACUCGUCUCCUUUUUCUUUUUCUUUUUCUUUUUCUUUUUCUUUUUUUUCAAAUACAUACUCAUCACCUCAGCUCACUCUUUCUUCGGCGGUUUCAUUUGUUUGCUUUCGGGAUGGUGUUUUUAUGGAUUCAGGCUUUUGUAUUGGAUGGGUGGCUCCUCCUUGCUCAAGGUGGUUAUUAUCACCUAGAUUUGAUAUACAAUUUCAAGAUUCCAAGGUUGCAAAGGACAAGUGCAGGUUAAUUGACCUUGUAUAAAUAUCGAUAUAGAAAACGGAGGGUUUCAUAUAGGCGGUCUAUAUAGGGUGGGUGGCUUUAGUGUAGGGAGUAAAUAUAGUUAAAGGAAGUUGUAACUUUACACUGAAUGGGACGCAUUCGCUGUUGCACAAAUAUGAAAAAUGGUGAAAUAGGAAGUGCACAUGUCUCAUUAAAAAGUCAAGUACGAAAGCAAAGAAAAAUAAAAGUGAAAACACAAUUGCUCCGCCAUCACCUUCCCAACAGGUUUCG